AUUACAGCUAACAACCUUGACAACUUUGCUUAGUUUGAAUACACUUCGAAAUGAUUAUUGUUUUCUGAAUUUUUAAGUGUCGUUAUGCAUACUGUAGAGUCAAUAAUCGUUUCUCCGAGAUACACAAAAAACAUUUCAAACGAAAGUGAACUGUAUUUCAACUCUAAUUGUCAGAGGAAUAAGUAUCCAGCUAUCUCUAAAUGUCGUGAUCAAUAUUACGCAGAUAGAGUUAGUUAUAUUUCCUAUUCCCCUCAUCAGCGUAACAACAGGAACUUGAGUCGCACGAAUGUAACUUCAGUCAGUCGACGCAACACACAAGUAUAUGACGACUCAUCUUUAUUAUGUAAUCCACGUAGUUUCGUUAACUCUGACUUAUCUUUUUCUUGUAAUCAUCCACAAAGAGGAAAUUCAUUCAACUGUUCUCAAAAUUAUGGAGGUUACCCACUGUCUGGAAGGCCAAGACUAUCUAACCAAACUUCAAAAAGUUAUUUAAGUCCCUCCAUUUUAAAUUUGAGCAGUGGAACCUGUAACAGGUCACUUCGCGAUUUGCGCAAAUCUCCGGAAAGACAUGUUAGUACCAGUAGAUAUCCUUAUUUCACGAAUAAAUCACCGAAAGCGAGAAAUGACUUCAAGCCGUUUACGUACUUGAAAAACAUCGAAAGAGAUCAUGAUAUUCAAAGACAGUACUUAUUUGGAAGUGUAAAACCUCGUGACUGUGGAAUCGAAUACGAUCUUUUAUCAUCAAAGCCCUUGGAAAUGAAUCAAUACACCCUUCCUUUAGAAUCGACUAAGGGAGGAAGUUUAAUGCUAGAGAAUAAAAAGGAAUUCAGUCUGAAUACAUUCAAUCCAACUGAUCAUGAUUCUUCCUCUGUUAUUCAUGUCAGACCUCAUCGUAUGCGAAAAACUAUUGACAUAAAACAGAAUGACAAAACUCUUGACGAUCCUUCAUAUAAGCGUCUGUCGAAAUGUCUCCAGUCAAAACCUAGGACAUCUUAUGAUGGUUCUUGUUGUAUGUCAGGUACUCUUGCCGUCACUUUGUAUGGAUCGAAACUCACCGAAUACGAACGUAAUGAAAUUCAAGAUUAUGCUGAGGUAUAUUUCCUAGGGCUUAAUGCCCCCAAAAGACAUCCACUUGGAAACUCCAUCAGUGAUGCGUCAUACGAGAGAAGUAGCAUUAUUUCGAUCAGUAAUAUGACUGGGUUCGACGAUGCACAAAGCAGUUAUAUUCUCGUCCCUAAUGAUCAUUUAGCUUAUCGAUAUGAAGUUCUCAAACCCCUGGGCAAAGGAAGCUUUGGUCAUGUUGUCCACGCAGUUGAUCAUUGUACAAAGAAGCAAGUUGCAAUAAAAAUUGUCAAGAGUGAAGCUAGAUUUACUAGACAAGCUGUUGAGGAGAUUCGCAUUCUCAAAGCCCUCAACGGGCAACAAAAUGAUGGAGAGUUUAAUGUUGUACACUUAGUGGAUCACUUCAUAUUUCGAGGUCAUGUGUGCAUGGUGUUUGAAUUACUUUACAUAAAUUUAUAUGAACUCAUCUGCCGUAACAAUUUUAAAGGAUUUUCUCAGUCUUUAGUGAGAAAGCUUACUUAUGGUAUACUAUGUUGUCUUGAACUUCUAUAUAGGAAUAAAGUGAUUCAUUGUGAUUUGAAACCGGAAAACAUUUUAUUACGACGUCCAGGAAAAAGCAAAAUCAAAGUAAUCGAUUUUGGAUCAAGUUGUUAUAUUAACGAAUGUCCAUAUAACUACAUACAGUCACGCUUUUAUCGUGCACCUGAAAUCAUUCUUGGCUUACCAUAUGGUACUCCGAUUGAUAUGUGGAGCUUAGGAUGCAUUCUAGCUGAAUUUAUAACUGGAGAACCAUUGUUUCCAGGUGAAGAUGCUUUCGACCAAUUAGCUUGUAUUAUGGAAAUCUUGGGGAUACCACCGAUGCAAAUGAUUAAGAAAGGCAGUCAAAGUCAUCAUUAUUUCAAUAGUAAUGGUCAACCUUUAUAUAUGAUUGAACAACAAAAACACACCUAUGGAAAUGAACAGUCAGAUAAUACAAAAGAAGCUUUAACCAAUCUUAACAAAUCUUUAAAUUCUUCAUCAACUAAACAUAAACGUUCUGGUAGUAGUAAAAGUCAAAAGUUAAGAAAAUCACCUGGCUCUAUGACUUUAGUUGAUGCCUUGACUAGUUCGAAAAACUCUUCCGUUUGCCUACCAUCAAGCGAUAAAUCAAAUAUUGGACAUAAAAUUCCACAACCAUUUGACCCAGAUAUGGUAGAUUUUCUAGAACGUUGUUUAAAAUGGAGUCCAGAUGAAAGAAUGAAUCCAAUUGAAGCAUUGGAUCAUCCAUGGAUUAAAAAAAUGUCAUCACAGAGUUUUGGAAGAACAGAUAGUUUUCUAACAACUUGUAAUUCAAAUGGUAAUACAGAUUCCAAUUAUUUAUACAGUAAUGAUAAUAUAUUUACUAAUGGAACAACUAAACACGUAUCUGAUACAGAAUUCGUUGCCAGUAUUUUAGGCGUACGUACACGAAAACGUGAUCCCAAUUUACUGCACGUUUCCAGAAAGUCAGAAGCUCACAGUAUAGUAAGUAUUAGUUUUAUUAUUGUUUCGGGAUGUUAGUGUGAUUUAUUCCAAGAGACCACUUAUUUGAUAGGCAAAUUUAUUUUAUUGUCUUUAUCCGUAAAUUAAUCUUCCUUUUUCAUUGUGCUCUUUUGUAAGCUAUAUUCUGGUCGAGAAAAGUCUUCCGAUCCCUUAGUAAUUCAGAAAAGAUUGCUUGAGUGUGAUAUCUAGCUGAUUGUCAAAUACACCUUUAUACACAUUAUUGUUCAGGACCAAUAAUUUUCAUUUGAGAUGUUUAAUUUGAGAACGUUAAAUUGACACAUAACUAUUUAUCUUGUUACUGAUGGUCUGAACAUAUAGUUAUUAGCGUUUGUGAUUAUAAAGUUAAUCUAUAUUUGAUAAGAUCAUUAAGCGAUUUGUUUAGGGACUGGAUUUUCUCUGUCUAAAGUUUAAGCAAAUCAACUACGAUCUUUUAUCCUAUAAUCUAGUAGACAUAUUUCACAUGUGAUCAACAAAAUUCAAUUCAUAUAAAGAAAUGAAUAAAAUGACAUUGAUUAUCAUUCGGCAAUCGAUAGUUUUGUAGAUAGAAUUAAACCGACGAUCUGUGACUAGUUACACAAAUUAUAACUUCUCAACUCAUUCUGGGUUUUUUUCAAGAAUGCAGAACAAUCAAAGAAUAAAGCACUUAAUAAUGCAACUUUACUUAGAUCUUAAAUAUCACUUCCUCAUUUUUAGGCUGUUUAGUUUGAAGGACAAAGCUCUAGUCUAUAGGUCAUAAUGUAUUUAUUAAGAUUUUGUGGAGCUGAUAAGAGUCUUCUGUAAAUAAAUCUACUAACGAACCAAGAAAUAUCUUUGGCAGUAGUGGAUUUUGAAUGAAUUUUUAAAAAUAAUGUCUGAUUAUAUUUCGCGUUGAUCUCAUGCCGAUCUAACUGUCAAAUAUUUCAAAGGACAAAGGGUGUGAUAAACAGUUUACAAACCUGUUCACUGUAGGAUCACCUUUAUACAAAUUUUCUUUAAAACAUAAUUUAGUUCAUGUAAAUGAACUAUGGUUAUAAAAAAGUAAUUAAGUGCUUACAAUUACUACAAUUUUCUAUUUCCAUAGAUACCUGACGAUACCAUGAGUCUGAAUGAAUCCUAUCGUCGGUAUUCCUACGACCAGAAUAACAGCAGACUAUCUAAUUUGUUUGAAAGAUCAGUAACAUGCACUUCUAAUCCCAAAUCUCGCAAAGAAAUGUCUUCAGAUGUAUCAAGUCACCAUACCUCAGAAAGUUACCACAACACAAAACAAUAUCGAAGUUUUUUAAAUAACGGUCAGAGUGAUGUUAGUAACAACAUUAAUGUGGACAAUCGCAAUCAUAGUGUUUCUCCUCAAGAUGACAAUCAAAAUCGCCGAAGUCGUAAUCGCCAUCGUAGUCGUCGUCAAGGUAUUAACACUCAUUCUGAUCAUAUACAAGAAGAAGAAGACAGUCGCAGUCAUUCAGACUCAGAUCAGGUAUUAGAAGAAGAACAUGAUUAUACCACCAGUGGAGAAACGCCCUUGCUAAACAUCUCAAGUAUUUACCAAACAACCAAAGAAGAGAACGAUCGUAUUGAAGUAAGCGUUUGUGACAUUGAACAAAGAAGUAGGAAUUCAGGCUACUAUGACAAUGCUAGUAAUCUUAAUGGUAAUUCGAAGACAACAGUGUGUAAUGAAGAAAAGUUUAUACUUGUCCCAAAUUUGAUCACGGGUGAACAUGACAUAUAGUCUACAUAUUUUCUAGUAUUUGUUUUAUCUUUUCUGUAUUUACAAAAUCGAAAACGAGAUCGAUAAAAAAGAGAUUCGGAGAGCUAACUCUUGUUCUCAUUACAUGAAACAUACUACAACUGUUUUCACAACCUACUCAUGACUAACUACAACAUACAAUUGAUUUCAACUUAUUUUUUAAUUUAACUGGAAGAAUAUCAUCAAUUUUCGUAACUGUUUUAUCCAUAAACCUCCCUCAGACUUGUAUUAUCCCCACUACCUACUUCCUAUAAUAAAAUAUACAUACCAACAACAUGCUACCUGCAAUGUGGAAUGAACAAUCUACUUUGUUAAUUUACGAUUAAACAUUCUUUCUUUGAUCUUCAUUACAGACUGAUUCAACUUAUCCAUAUCAAGUCUUUCUUGGUUAUGUACAAUUAAGUACUAGGCUAAAAAUAACUUAGAAAAUAAAAGCUACCUUUUAAUGUUCUACUUUUUUAGAAAAUAUAAAAAUGCAUAGACAUUUACCCACAAGUUAAAGCUGAACAAGUAAUGAGUACAUCACUGCAUUCCGAUUACCCGGACAAUUUAUGGCUAUUAUUAAUGAAGAUAUAUUGUGUGACUGGGUAAAGUUUUCAAACGGCAGCACAACUGACCAGUGAAUAAAUUUAUUUUAUUACUAGUAACAUGGUACACUUAAAUGGUGAAACUAAAAAAAAAUAACCAUUAAUAAAAGCCGUUUC